GGCGACCCUCACGCCAUGUUCGCCGAGUUCUUCGACGGCCGCAACCCCUUCGACACCUUCUUCGUGCAGCGCAACGGCGACGAUGAGGAUGGCGACGAAGCCUUCAACACCUUCCACGUCGGGGGCUUCGGCAGCGUCAGCUUCCCGAGGGGCAGGGGUCCCGAGGGUCGCCGCCAGGACCCCCCAGUGCUCUACGAGCUGCGAGUGUCGCUGGAGGAGAUUUACAGCGGCUGCACCAAAAAAAUGAAAAUCUCCCACAAGCGCCUGAGCCCCGACGGCAAAACGGUGAGGAACGAGGACAAGAUCCUGACCAUCGAGGUGAAGAGGGGCUGGAAGGAGGGCACCAAGAUCACCUUCCCCAAAGAGGGGGACCAGACCCCCAACAACAUCCCGGCCGACGUGGUGUUCGUGCUCAAGGACAAGCCCCACGAUGUGUUCCGCCGAGAGGGCUCCGACAUCGUCUACCCGGCCAGGAUCAGCCUCCGCGAGCGCCAGCCCGGGGAGGAUGGCAGGGACAGCGAGCCUGGGGACAAGGGACAGCAGAUGGACACACGGUUGGACACCUGGAUGGACAUACAAGUGGACAGAUGGACACCUGGAUGGACACCUGGACAGGUGGACCCCCAGAAGGAUGGACAGAUGGACAGAGAGCAGACACCUGGACAACUGGACACCGGGACAGAGGGAUGGACACCAGGACAAAGAGACACACGGACACCUGGACAACCGGACACCAGGACAGACAGACACCUGGACAAAUGGACAGAUGGACAACCGGACACCUGGAUAACUGGACACCUGAAUAAAUGGACACCUGGACAAACGGACACCUGGACAAAUGGAUAA